GUCGGUAAAUAUGUUAAUACAUUUGAACUAUACUUAGUAUGAAAUAAAUGUAUUUUAAAUAUAUUGCUUUAGAAAGACUCUUUAAAAAUAUAUAUUUCAAACACAACGCCACUCAGCCUCGUCAUUUUCAAGCCUUUGCGAAUACUUCAGCAUUUGAGAAAAGUUUCAAGAAUUGCACUUCUGCCAAACUUAUUUUAAGAAAUGUCAUAACUCCUUUCUUAUGAAUCUGGCUACUGGACAUAUUGCUGAACACACAGUUUCCCUGCAAGAGAUGACUAAAAUAGACAAAAAUUACAGUUUAAAUGUUAAAAGAGAACAUUUCAAUAUCAGUCAGGAUUUUCAUCUUCAACCUUCAAAUGAACUUCAGUCAGUUCACAAUUUCAGCUGUCGCCUGUAAAGGAAAGUGUGAAAAUAUUAAGAGGAAACCAGUUUAAAUGCAAAAACACACCAGUAACAGGUAUGUGACGGAAUAGAAAUUCACGUUGACCUAAUGUGACUGCUUAGAGGAGGGGUCUCACUCAUAAGCGGAAAACUCUUUUACUCGAAGCCUGGUGCAGAGUUCAGAAAACUGCCUGCCUGUCAGCGUGUGAUGUUAUCUGUAUGUGCUGAGGUAACAUUUCUUAUAUCUUCGCAGAUGUAGCGAUGUUGUGGUGAGCCCUCCUUUUACUGUAAACACUACUGAGUUUGUGUGUGUGCACGUGUGCUGCGGUGGCAUGUCAAUCUACAAACUACAAGAAGGACAUGACUCUUCUCUCAUAGUGGUAUCAGUUCCACCGAAUCAAACCAAUGAGUUGACAGCUCAUAAGUGUGAGUAACAGUUAAGGAGAAAGAGUUAGUGGAUCAAGAUUAGAUAAAGUGAAUUCAUGUUUUGGAAAAUAAACCAAAAAUAGAAACCAUUAUGGCAGCUCUCAGACAAAGUGUACUUUAUGCGAAGCAGAUGCUUUAAUCUAAACUCAGGAUAAAAUGAUGAGCUUCAUGGAUUCUGUGUGAUUGGAUGUUAUUCAACCACUGGCAUCACUACUGAUUUCACAUCUCAGAAUGAGUGUCUGUUAAGAGCGUGUCUUUUUACUCAUGCUUUUACUCAGAAUGAGACAUGAUGAUGGAUCAAGACCCUUUUCAUCUAGAGUGUUUGUGUGCGCAUGUAUUCAUUUCAAAGAGAGACGGAGAGAAAGAGAGAGUGUGUUUUGGAACUAGUUUAAAGUUAAAAGAAGACAGAAAACCUUUAAUGGAACAUUUGGGGUAGAGGAAAAAGAUGCGCAGGAGAAAUAUCAACAGAAAGACCCGCUGCUGCUAUUGGGGGUCCUGAGGACACUCAUAUAACGUUUGUUGAACUUAGUUUAAAUAUGACUCAUCUGACAUUUCUGAUAAAGAUUUAAUGCUGAAGAGCUGUCCCCUCAUCUUCAAAGUUUCAGAGGGGCCUGACUAACUCACAGCUCUCGUCUUUUUCUCCUAUCUGGUGCAUGCUCUCAAGGUAAGACUUCAGCCACACUCUUCUGAGGACUUCACUAUCAUAGAGCAUAUUUAAAGGAUGCGGGAUUUAACAGGGAUGGUAAAAAAGGGUCAACUUGUAUGUGAUGUUGCAACAAAUCUAUAGUGAUCUUAUUGUGAGACUGAAAAAUAGUUUUAUCAAUGUAAAUUAAAAGUUAAAAUCAAUGACAGCUACAAAAAGGUAACUAGGUCAAGCUGAUUUUAGUAAGCGAAUGGCCGGAUCUGUCAGGGUUUUUUUUUUUUUUUUUUUUUUUACUGUGCUGAAAUGUUCAUUGUAUAAUAAUACAGUAUUUCAUGCACUUAUUUGUACAGAGUAUGGAGAUGAGCAAUAGCAAAGUAACGUUAUUGACUCAUUGUUUGUUUCAACAAAAUUAUGUUUGUUUUGGAAUACAAGUAUUUAAUUUUAAUUAGAGAACUUAUAAUUUAUCAUAAUGGCAGAAUAACAUUACUAACUCACUGUUUGUUUCAACAAAAUAGUAUUUGUUUUGGGGAAAAAAAGUAAGGGUUUUUUAAAUAUACAACUUUUCAAAAGUAAAACAAAAAAUCUAAUAAAAAUAUAUAUGUUAUAUUAAUGUUAAGAUGUUAGAGAUAAGAUGUUAAAGAUAACAUUUCUGCUAAUAUAUAUAUAAAACCUAACCCUAACCCUAACCCUAACCCAUAUAUGUUAUUAUUAUUUAUUUUUUUAUUGCAUAUUUAAUUGAUCAUACUUUGUGACAAAAGAUCAAAAUAAAGGGAGGGGACCUAAUUUAACCAAAAAAUUAUUUAUCAGUAAUUAUCACAUUUAACAUGAAGUGAGGCCAGUCACAGCCAAGUAAUAUAUUCAUGAUUUGUAUGACUUAACAUUCUCUGAACCCAUUUAAAGUCAUUCCAGGUGUCAUGUGUCAUUCUGAGCCUUCACAUGCUUCUUUUUUCUCUUCCAGUAAGAUGCUUGCCCUGCUCAGUGUCCUCCUGCUUUCAUCACAUGUCCUUCCACUCGUCCAAUCAACGUCGUGCGAUGACAAAACAGAGUACUUAUAUGACCAAACAUGCUGCAAAAAAUGUAAACCAGGAGAGUAUGUGUUAGAGAACUGCAAAUACCAGUCUGCUACUCAGUGUGCGACAUGUGGAAAUGGCUUCUUCACGAACGACUAUAACAGCUAUUUCAACUGGUGCCCUGAUUGCAGAACGUGCACCAAAGACCAUAUGACGUAUAAGAAGAACUGUACGACAACAAGUAAUGCAGUGUGCACAUGUGUUGAGGGCUACAGAUGCACAGACAGUGAUUGCCAAGCGUGUGAGAAAAUUCAGACAGCUACUGUUCCUUCAGCUAUUACUACAACAAUACCGCCCACCCAUGAUAUAAUGUGGAUCUCGGUGAGUCUGUGUUGUGCGUGUGUGUGUGUGUGCGUUCUGCUCACCUGUUUCCUUCUCAUCAGCAGAAAUGCACGACAAUAUGGAUGGAUCAUGCCAGCAUCACCUGACAAGAGCAACUCUGGAUCCAGCCAGUGCACAGAGGAAGAGGAGGUACCAAUGCCAGUCCAGGAGAUGUGUGGAAAGACUGAAAAACUGGAGGAUGUCUGAGAAAAGAGCAGGAAAAAGACCACUGAUGCGUCUGUGGAUUGAGUAUUUAAUCUGAUACAAACCUGCAAAAUCUGUACUCAGGUGACCCAUCUGAAGGUUUUGUGAGAAUGACUGUCCUUCCUGAGAAAUGCUGAGAUAGAGAGAGAUUUGUGUUGCCACUGCACAUAACAUACAACAUAGAGCUAAUCUUUUUCAACAAAUGAAGGUUUUAUUCUCUGCUCGCUUGUUUGUAUUUAUAAUUGGGUAGUUUUUGGUCACCAUGCCUAUGGACUUUUCUAAGUGUAAAUGAAUGUAUGAGGUAAAGUGCAUGUAAAUUUAUUGUUUAUGAAGCUUUUCAUUUAUUUUUAACAUGUCUCAAAGUAAUAUGAAUUUAUAGAAACUGCAUCUAUAAAAUGAUAAUAAAAUGAACAAAAUAUUGUUUCAAAUAUUUUAAAAAGCAGUUUUUGAUGGGAAUAUAGCAUUUCAUUUCCUAGAAGUAUCUUAAAGUAUGUCAACUACCUACCCAGUUGUAUAAAAUAGAAAUUGUAUUUGUAUUUGCAUUUGCUAUGAAAUUAAUGAAGUGCUCUGAGAAACAUAUACAAAAAUAAAUCUUUAUUGGUUUUA